CGGGACAAGCUUAGGUUGUGGCGGUUCCCCGGUGAUUGCGCGCUGGAAGCUGAGGCGUUUGCGCGCGAUCGGACGAUGCCGUGACACAGCUUAGCGGCAGCGUUGACAGCGUGAUCGCACCCCCGUGGAGGGAGCCCUUCGGCCGCGGAGGUGGCGCGGUGUGAACGCAGGUUGUUAUUUGAGGGUGCUCCCUCGAAGCCCUUCAGCUAGUGGGGGAGGGGCGGGGGCCCAAACACGAACGGUCCAGUCUGCGCUUGCGCGCGCUCCUCCGGCGACCCGGGCCGCACGCGCGCGCAUGCUCGGUGCGCUCGGAGCCGCGGUGGCUAGCAACACUGCGCGUGCGCACUGAGAAGCCCGCUGAGGAGCGGCGCUGGCGGACGUCGGGCGGGCAGCUCGUGACGUCGUGAGGAGAGCUUUAAAGUGCGGGUCGAGCAGGGCGUCGGAGGGUCUGUCGGGGAGUCGGGCCGAGCCUCCUCAGCUGCCCUCCGCGGCAUGAGGCGCUGCCGGCGCCCCUGCCCCCCGGGACGUGGAGAAGGUGGAGGAGGAGGAAACCGCGUUGCCGCCGCCGCUGCCUGACCCGCCGCCUCUGAGGCUUGACCCUCGCGCCCGGCUCUCGACGCCCCUCGCCGGGUUCUUCAGCCUCGCAUGGGGGCCUGGCGUUGAAGCCUCUCUUCCCCCCGGGUCCCCCGGGCGCGUCCCCCGAGAGCCAUGCCCGCCCGCCCCGGAGGACCCUGAAGCAGCGUCGCGGGGGCCAUGGCGGCCGCCAGCGGUUACACGGACCUGCGUGAGAAGCUCAAGUCCAUGACGUCCCGGGACAACUACAAGGCUGGCAGCCGGGAGGCCGCCGCCGCCGCCGCGGCCGCCGUGGCCGCCGCCGCCGCCGCCGCGGCCGCCGCCGAGCCGUACCCAGUGCCCGGGGCGAAGCGCAAGUACCAGGAGGACUCGGACCCCGAGCGCAGCGACUACGAGGAGCAGCAGCUGCAGAAGGAGGAGGAGGCGCGCAAGGUGAAGAGCGGCAUCCGCCAGAUGCGCCUCUUCAGCCAGGACGAGUGUGCCAAGAUCGAGGCGCGCAUCGACGAGGUGGUGUCCCGCGCCGAGAAGGGCCUGUACAACGAGCACACGGUGGACCGGGCCCCCCUGCGCAACAAGUACUUCUUCGGCGAGGGCUACACGUACGGCGCCCAGCUGCAGAAGCGCGGGCCGGGCCAGGAGCGCCUCUACCCGCCCGGCGACGUGGACGAGAUCCCCGAGUGGGUCCACCAGCUGGUGAUCCAGAAGCUGGUGGAGCACCGCGUCAUCCCCGAGGGCUUCGUCAACAGCGCCGUCAUCAACGACUACCAGCCCGGCGGCUGCAUCGUGUCGCAUGUCGACCCCAUCCACAUUUUCGAGCGCCCCAUCGUGUCCGUGUCCUUUUUCAGCGACUCCGCGCUCUGCUUCGGCUGCAAGUUCCAGUUCAAGCCCAUCCGGGUGUCGGAACCGGUGCUUUCCCUGCCCGUGCGCAGGGGGAGCGUGACUGUGCUCAGUGGAUAUGCUGCUGAUGAAAUCACUCACUGCAUACGUCCUCAGGACAUCAAGGAACGCAGAGCAGUCAUCAUCCUCAGGAAGACAAGAUUAGAUGCACCUCGGUUGGAAACAAAGUCCCUGAGCAGCUCUGUGUUACCACCUAGCUAUGCUUCAGAUCGUCUAUCAGGAAACAACCGGGACUCCAAUCUGAAACCCAAACGGUCCCAUCGCAAGGCAGACCCUGAUGCUGCCCACAGGCCUCGAAUUCUGGAGAUGGACAAGGAAGAAAAUCGGCGUUCAGUGUUGCUGCCCACACACCGACGGAGGGGUAGCUUUAGCUCUGAGAACUACUGGCGCAAGUCUUAUGAGUCUGCUGAGGACUGUUCAGAGGCAGCUGGCAGCCCCACCCGAAAAGUGAAGAUGCGGAGGCACUGAGGCCUGUUGUAUCUUCCCAGGAACUCUGGUUUUCCUCACUUAGCUGCCCCUCCUUUAGUUUUGAGGAUUUUGUUUCUGGGUUUUGGGGGCUUUUUUUUUUUUUCAGUUUUUUUUUUGUUUUUUUGUUUUGUUAAUUUUAUUUUUAUCCAUAUAUAUUUUUUUCCCCCUUGAUUUGUUGCCUAUUGAGGCCGAAGAACAGAUUGAUUGGGACUUGGUCCUCAUGUUAUUGGUUUUCCUCCUGGAUGGAAAGGCUUUUGGCAUCUAUAGGGGACAGAAGCUCAUGCUGGAGUGGCCAGUAGUGGGUGGGGAUAGCCAUCUUGAAGCAGGCUGUCAAGCUGGGUUUAUUUAAAAGCAACAAAAUGUUUUAGUUAAACAACUUCUUAUUUUGCUUUAAAUGUAAAUCUCUUGGUGUUGUAAAGGAAAUUCAGUCUCUUAUCCCCUCCAAUGAUGUCUGCAUUGGUUUGAGGUUUCCUGGGCUUUGCAGGAAACAAGGCCUGCUGUCCUUCCAUCCCCCACAUGCUCGCUAGGCCCCCAGAGCUCACAGGGACACCUUCCUCCUGCAGUAGUCUUCAGGAUGACUAGGCAAGGUCAUUAACAAUGCCAUUCCCAGAGCUGUUGCUGAGCCCUGGGCUUCUCUCACAACCCUGCUCUUCUCAUGGACGCUGAGAGGCUGGCUGCAGGGUCCUGACUUCUCUUGCCAAGAGCAUGCAUCUUUGCUGGGUUGCUCCUUUCAAGCACAGGCGUGUUAUUGUAUGGAACAGUUAGACUUGCCAUGUUGGGCCAGUUUUAGGAAUUGUUUCUAGCUACAGGGACUGUGUCCUUCUGAGUCUAACAUUCGAGGUAUGGAAAAAUGUUGUGGUGUGUGGUAGGGUUUUUUUGUUUUUUUUAGUUUAAUUUUUUUUCUUUGGUCUCCUGACUUUUUCCUUUUCCUUUCUCCUAAAUUGGCCAGUCUCUCGGCCGUGUGUCACCCACCCACCCACCCACCCGUUUUCCCCCUGUUCCCAGGGUGGUACCCACUCUCUCUGUUUGCCUGCAGCAUGCAUUCAAGGCCCUAGCUCAGGCCUGCAGAUUGGGUAGGAACCUCUUCCACCUCAGCGGCGUGAGAGCUGGGGAGGGAGCUUUAAAAAUCAAAGGGGGGAAAAAAGGUAGUCUUUGGCAGUUUCCACUUACUCAGAUUCCCAAAGACUGCAAGGUUUUGCUGAUCUGGAUUCAUUCUAGGAAUGUCUCCUUGCCAGUCAGGGUCACGAUGCAGGCCCACUGAGAACAGUGGCCCUCCCGAUCCCUAGGCUGCCACCUUGCCAGGGGACCUUGUCUUACAGAGGCCCAGGCCUGAGGCUGCAGAACUCUGGGGCAGCCACUCUCAAGAAGCCCUUCUCAGGGGCCAGAACUCUUUUGCCAGCGUGGAUUCCUCAAGUCGGGACUGCACAACUAAAGCAGUUGCAGUUUUAUUUUUUUUACAGCUUUUUUCCCAAAAAUGAUUUGUAGUUGUGUGUGCAGCACUUUGCCCUGAUAUGUGUGCUCUACAAUAAAAACCAAAUCUAAUAUAUUUUGAAA